AUGAAAUUAAACUAUCACGGAGUUAUAAUGUUUGCCAAUAGAAGCUUGGCUUUUAAAACAAGUCCUUUUAGAUGUACCAAUCUAAAUUGUUUGGAGAACAUGGACGGGUCAGAGGUUAUGCAUCGUUUGUGGAAUCGGGAUCUUGCUGCUGUCCUGAACUUCCGAUAUAUACUUAACAAUCUGAGAUAUGAUGGGACUAUACCUGUAAGGUUCACCCGCGUCAUUCGGAUUGGACGUAUCAGAAGACAAGCAGAAGAAGAUCUCCAGGAGGGUCGUCGUUUGAGACAAAGACUGACUAGAAUUCAAAUAAGAUGA